AUGGACUACCUACAUGUAUAUAACAACAACCACGGUCAUGUCCCCAGAACACCCACUGGCCAACCAUGCCUGUCGCCUGUUCUCCCCCCAAUAAAAUUGGCGCUAGAUCAACAGCACUCACAGACGUUCGGGUAUGCCAGCCCCCGGUGCUUGCCCACACCCAUAUUGCCCUCUAUGAGCAUGAAUGCGGCCGUCGGUUGGUCACAGCAGGUCCUCACCAUUCCUGUCCCCAUACGAAGCAGCACGCGAAUGAUUCCUAUGAUCACGCCGAUCGCUUCCCCAAGAUCACGAUUCGAAGUGACGACCCCUUCGCCCUCGCUAGCCACUGUCGCCAUAAAGCUGCCAGAUUUGAAACUGCCACCUUCGCCUGUGCUUGCUACAGCAAACAGUGCGCCACCGCAGCCCGUUCUACCCAAGAUUGUGGUUGGAACUAGCAACAGUGCCGCUGAAAGGACAAACAAUGAAGAACUGGUCAGAGGAAUACCCGACUACAUCGACUGUGCAAUAACCAGGACACAAUUGAGUAAGGCCAGAUCUGGUAAACAACUAAUUGCAUGCGCACAGGCGUACCACCACCCGGUGAACGAAAAUGAGAUAGAAAACAUCAAUAACAUCCUGAACUUUAGAGAUUUCAUUUUCAAACACCCCAAAUCCUCCUUCGAGUCGCUGUGUAUCCUAUCGUUCGAGCAGUUCGUUAGAGUGUAUGCAUUCAUCAAUUUCAUUUAUAAAACGAAAAAAAUCAAUAAAAACAAGUAUGAAUUCACUUGCGAGAUGAAUGUUCACGAGCAACUCAGUAAUAAGCGCAUCCAAAGGACGAGGACCCCCGAGAAAUACAAGAUACACUUGAUUUGUGAAUCUAAACUCAUAUUAUCCUUUAACCAUAGCACCAAGACGGUCAAAUUCGAAUCCGUCAACGGUGGACAUUGCCAUCCCAUCUCAACCAAUCACGUUAUCAAGCCAUCGCUAUUCCUGAUGCACUGCAUUAAACAGUGUCAUCAGACGGUAACUGACCCUACGCAUCUGAAACUAGCACUGAGAGACGCUUUGAAAUCCCUCGAUCAUGAAAGAAUAGGAAUACCGUAUCUGAAGAAAAGACACCUUAAACAGUUGCACCAAGCAACAUCACUAUCUAACGCUUGCACCACACCCAAAAAACAAGAAGACCAUACCACACUAAGUAUGCACACAGGUAUCAUCCCUACAGGCAACUUUUUCAUGUUCAAUGCAUCCAGUGAUAUAUUUCAAAGGAACUAA